UCUGCUCGUGCUUGAUUCUCCUACCUCCGACCAGAACAGUCGCAGGGGCGUGCAUGUGUUGCUUCUGGACCAUGGACACGGCGCCGGUCUGCCUCGACCUCAUGGUCGGCCGUCCCAUGGACCGCGAGCCGUCUCUGGCGAGGUGCACCGGAAGCAGAACCGAAGCCGGCAUUGCUAGCUCGGCCUGUAGCAGAGCACCUUCCAUGACCAACGACGAGGCUAAGAUCCUGGAGGCGAAGCUGACGCAGGUGAGCGAGGAGAACCCGAGGCUCACGGAGAUGAUCGCCUACCUUUACGGCAACAAGGUCGCGCGCCAGAGCCCCGACGGCGAGGGCCAGCAGCCCGCCAGCACGGCCGGGUCGCCCACGCCGCCGGCGGGGAGAAAGAGGAGCCGGGACAGCAUGGACGCCUCGCAUUCUUGCGAUGUGGAAAUUAGCAACAGGAACGUAGGCACGGGCGAGGCCGAGCAUGUCGAUGUGGACAGCCCGCUGAGCAACGGCACUUGCCGGAGAAUCAAGGUCAAGAAGGUCUGCACCAGGAUCGACCCAUCGGACACGAGCCUCGUGGUGAAAGAUGGGUAUCAAUGGCGGAAGUACGGGCAGAAGGUGACACGGGACAACCCGUCCCCAAGGGCCUACUUCCGAUGCGCCUUCGCGCCUUCCUGCCCUGUCAAGAAGAAGGUGCAGAGGAGCGCGGAGGACAGCUCGGUGGUGGAGGCGACGUACGAGGGCGAGCACAACCACCCGCGCCCCACGCGGGCCGGCGAGCUGCCGGGCUGCACCACGCAGGGCGGCGGCUCGGUGCCGUGCUCCAUCUCCAUCAACUCCUCCGGCCCGACCAUCACGCUGGACCUCACCAAGAACGGGGGAGGCGUGCAGGUCUUGGAUGCGGGGGAGGCGCAGCCGGACAUGAAGAAGGUGUGCCGGGAGGUCGCGUCGCCAGAAUUCCAGAGGGCGUUGGUGGAGCAGAUGGCCCGCGAGCUCACCGGCGACCAAAAGUUCACCGACGCACUCGCCGCGGCGAUCCUGCGGAAGCUGCCGGAUUAUUAG